AUGGUGGCCCUGAUGUCCCCAGAGAUGACAAUGGUGACCCCAAAGGUGACAGAGGUGUCCCCAAAGGUGUCCCCAGAGGUGCCAGAGGUGACAAAGGUGACCCCAAAGGUGACAAAGAUGAUCCCAGAGGUGACAGAGGUGACCAAGGUGACCCUGGUGUCCCCAAAGGUGACCCCAGAGGUGGCCCUGGUGUCCCCAGAGGUCACAGAGGUGACAGAGGUGACAAAGAUGACCCGGAAGGUGUCCUCAAGGGUGCCAAAGAUGUCCCCAAAGGUCCCAGAGGCCGCCCCCCGCUGCGCGCUGUGCCCCGACGCCCUGCGCCCCUCGUCCCCCGUGCGCGUCCCCGCGGCCGUGGGCGGCUGGCGCUCCGGCCGCCGCUGCCACCGCCAGUCGCGCGUGGCGGCGGGCGCGGGCGCGGUGGGGACGGCGGUGGGGACGGCGGUGACGGCCGGGUGGCGCCUGGGGGUGGGCUGGGGGCGCGGGGGCGCCGGGGUGGUGGCAGCGGGGUCCCAGUCCCGGCUGGCCCAGGAGGGGCUGCGCUGGCAGCGGCAGGACCGGAGCGCGCUCAGCUGGCAGCAGAUCCGCUGCGUCUUCUACUGGACCUGGCUGGACCCCGGCUCGGCCCGCCCCUCCCCCUCCUUCGCCCGCGCCGUCCGCUCCCUCCCGCCGCGCUUCACUCCGGCCACGGCCGCGGCCUACGCCGAGCUGGUGUCCACCUUCGGCACCCACGCCGUGCGGUCAGCGCGCCUGGGCGGCCGCCUCCGGACGCUGACCGCCGUCCGGCUCUGCCGCGCCGCCAUGGCCGGAGUGGGGGCGCAGGAGGCGUCCGACUGCCUGCGGACCGAGCUGACCUUCGGGGCGGUCAGCGCGGCCGCGGCCGCCUGCCGGACGGCGCGGGCGGCCACCGAGGGCAACGUGACCUUCGGCGAGUUCUUCGGCCAGCGGCUGCUGGAGGUGGACGGAGGCGCUGACCGCGACGGCGACCUGGCCUUCGGGCGGCCGGAGGAUUUCUCGCGCUGGCUCAAGAGCGUGCCGGACGCUCCGGCCGUGGUGGAGGCUGACCUCUGGCCGCUGCACGCCCUGCUGCCGGCCGCUGACCCCCGGCGCCGGGCGCUGCGGGCGGCCGUGCGCAGCUACGUGGCGGCCAAAGCGCUGAGGGUCAACUGCAGCUGUGCCGGACGCGGCGCGGCCAGCGGUGCCGUCCGUGCUGACCUUUCCUCCAACCACCAAGAUGACCCCGCUGACCUCGGUGACCCCCGAGCUGACCCCGCUGACCUCGGUGACCCCCGAGCUGACCCCGCUGACCCCUCCCCUGGCUCCCCUCCCCCCCACCCGUGCCACUGCGCCUGCUCGCCCUGGCCCCUCCCCCUGGGCGGCUCCCCGUGCUGCCCCGCCCACCGCGGCCUCGCCCACCUCUCCGUCCGCAUCGUGGCCGGCCGCGGCUGGCGCGGCGACCCGCUGACCCCCACGGACGCCUACGUGUGGGUCAUCUUCGCCGACCGCCGCGCUCGGACCGCCACGGCCUGGAACAGCGAGCGUCCACUCUGGGGUCAGCGGCUGGAGCUCGGCCAGGUGCGGCUGCGGCCGGACGCCCACCUGGAGCUGCAGGUGUGGGACGAAGACCACGGCUGGGACGAUGACCACCUGGGGACGUGCCGGUGGCCGCUGACCGCCGGCGAGUGGCCGGAGAGGUCGUGCUUCGCGGGGAGUGGACGGCUGGACUUCGGAGUGACCGCUCGGUGCGGCCCGAGCCUGGCCGGGCCGCUCUGCCACGAUUACCGGCCGGCCGCGCCCCCGGGCGGGGCGGGGCUGGGGGGCGGGGCGCCGUGGCCGCCCGAGGGCUCUGAUUGGGCGAAGUUCGUGGAGGAGGAGGAUGAGGAUGAUGAAGAUGAAGAUGAGGAAGAUUUGAGGGUUUUGCACAGGUUUUGGGAGGUUCCGGCAGGUUCCGAAAAUCCCAAAUCCCGCCCAAAAUUGGGGUCAUCAAAACAUCAAGAAAGAGCCCAAAAACUCUCCCAGUUUGGCCCAGUUCGGUCCCAGUUUGAGGGUGAUGAAGAUGAUGAAGAUGAAGGCCCCAAAAAACCCAAAUUUGGCCCCAUUUCGGAGGUUGCAGAAGAUGAUCCGAAAAAUGCCAAAUCCCAACCAAAUUUGGGGUCAUCAAAACGCCAAGAAAGAGCCCAAAAACUCUCCCAGUUUGGACCAGUUCGGUCCCACUUUGAGGAUGAUGAAGGUGAUGAAGAUGAUGAAGAUGAAGGCCCCAAAAAACCCAAAUUUGGCCCCAUUUCGGAGGUUCCAGAAGAUGAUCCGAAAAAUGCCAAAUCUGACCCAAAUUUGGGGUCGUCAAAAAGCCAAGAAAGAGCCCAAAAACUCUCCCAGUUUGGACCAGUUCAGUCCCAGUUUGGGGAUGAAGAUGAUGAAGAUGAAGGCCCCAAAAAACCCAAAUUUGGCCCCAUUUUGGAGGUUACAGAAGACGAUCCCCAAAACCCCAAAUCCGACCCAAAUUUGGGGUCUCCAGAAGCCCAAAAACGCUCCCAGUCUGGCCCAGUUCGGUCCCAGUUUGGACCAGUUCGGUCCCAGUUUGAGGGUGAUGAAGAUGAUGAAGAUGAAGGCCAGAAAAACCCCAAAACCCCCAAAUUUGGCCCCAUUUGGAAAAAUCCCAAAAAUGCCAAAUCCGACCCAAAUUUGGGGUCACAAACACAUCAGGAACGGCCCCAGUUUGGACCAGUUCGGCCCCAGUUUGAGGGUGAUGAAGAUGAUGAAGAUGAAGGUCCAAAAAAAGCUGAAAAACCCAAAUUUGGGUCAUUUUUGGAGGUUAGAGAAGACGAUCCCCAAAACCCCAAAUCCGACCCAAAUUUGGGGUCAUCAAAACAUCAAGAAAGAGCCCAAAAACUCUCCCAGUUUGGACCAGUUCAGUCCCAGUUUGAGGGUGAUGAAGAUGAUGAAGAUGAAGGUCCUAAGACCCCCAAAAACCCCAAAUCUGGCCCCAUUUCGGAGGUUCCAGAAGAUGAUCCGAAAAAUGCCAAAUCCGACCCAAAUUUGGGGUCGCCAAAACCCCAAGAGAGACCCCAAAAACGCUCCCAGUUUGGCCCAGUUCAGUCCCAGUUUGAGGAUGAUGAAGAUGAUGAAGAUGAAGGUCCAAAAAAAGCCAAAUUUGGCCCAUUUUGGGAAAGUCCCAAAAACCCCAAAUCCCACCCAAAUUUGGGGUCUCCAAACCCCAAAGAAAGACCCCAAAAACGCUCCCAGUUUGGCCCAGUUUGGCCCCAGUUUGAUGCAGAUGACGAUGACGAUGAUGAUGAUGAGGAUGAAGAGGAAGAAAUCAGCGACGCCGAAUUUCGCCGCCUUUGGAACCUGGAGGAAAACGCCCCAAAAAACCCCGAAUUUGACCCAAUUUGGGCCAUUCCCGAAUCCCAAAACCCCGCCCAGUUUGGCCCAGUUGGGUCCCAGUUUGGCGAUGAAGACGAUGAAGAUGAAGGCCCCAAAAACCCCAAAUUUGGGAAAUUUUGGGACGGUCCCAAAAGGGGAUUUUGGGACGAACCCAAAAAACCCCAAUUUUGACCCAAUUUUGACCCAAAUUUGACCCAAUUUUGGUGAUGAUGAUGAUGAUGAUGAUGAAGAUGAUGAUGAUGAAGAUGAUGAAGAUGAAGGCCCCAAAAACCCCAAAUUUUCCCCAAUUUGGGAAGGUCCCAAAAGGGGAUUUUGGGGCGAACCCAAAAAACCCCAAUUUUGACCCAAAUUUGACCCAAAUUUGACCCAAAUUUUGACCCAAUUUCGGUCCCAGUUUGAUGAAGAUGAUGGUGAUGAAGAUGAUGAAGAUGAUGAAGAUGAAGGCCCCAAAAACCCCAAAUUUUCAAUUUUUCCCCAUUUUGGGACGGUCCCAAAAGGGGAUUUUGAGGCAAACCCAAAAAACCCCAAAUUUGACCCAAAUUUGACCCAAUUUUGACCCAAAUUUGGUCCAAAUUUGGUGAUGAUGAUGAUGAUGAAGAUGAUGAAGGCCCCGAAAAUUUGGGGGGGAAUAAAAAU